UGUUUAUUAAAAAAAAGAAGGUGUAAUAAAAAAAGGAAGAAAAAAAAGGAGCUAUUCGAUGUACGAAGGGGCUUCAACUUCAUUUCAUUUCAAGACUCAAAUUAAAGUAAAGUAGAAACCCUAACAACUCUCUUCACUCCCCUUUCUUCGUUGCUUCAUUCGACAUUACGAGGCAUAGCACCAUGUUUCUCAAAGUGCAGCUUGCUUGGAAUGUCAUCAUUGCUGCAGAGAACCUGAAGCCAGGCAGUCUUAUGCUUCAGCGGGCAAUCCUCAUCCGUCUUCUAAGCGACUUUGCGGCUAAAAAGGCAACAAAGGAAUUGGGAUACUUUCUUGCGGUGACGACACUUGAUAAAAUAGGAGAGGGGAAAGUUAGACAACACACCGGGGAUGUACUCUUCCCUGUUGUGUUUAAUGCUGUCACCUUCAAGAUGUUCAAGGGUGAGGUAUUAGAGGGAACCGUCCAUAAGGUGCUUAAGCAUGGGGUUUUCAUGCGGAUUGGUCCGAUUGAGAACGCCUAUCUCUCAAGCAGCAAGAUGCCUGGUUACGAGUAUGUUCUCGGUGAAAAUCCAUACUUCAUGAAUCAGAAAAUGCCCAAGAUUGCAAAAGAUGUUAAGGUUCGAGUUGUGGUGAUUGGCACAAAGUGGAUGGAGGCAGAGAGGGAGUUUCAGGCGCUGGUUGGCCUGGAAGGAGAUUAUCUGGGCCCAAUUUCACACUCUGAUAUGUAGUUAUGUUUUGGUGUAGCCAAACAUUAGUAUUGGGUAUCGCGAUGAAUGCGAACAUUUUGUUGUAGGGUUUCAUGUAUGUGCUCUGUAUAUGCCUAUCGCACUUUAUCAAUGGGCUCGCAUAGAGUUCCAUUAUUUGCUACUAGCUGAUGAUAUAUUAGUUAAAAUACCUUUAAUAGUUCAA